CUGUGCCGAUCAUCUCCGUCCGUCUGUACCUCUCUAUUCCUGCUCCACUAGCCCAAUCAUGGACCUCGCAGCGAGGUGUGUGUUCCUGCUCUCCAGUUUCGCCGUGCUCGCAGCGCUCGAUCUGGACGCGAUUGACCCAGGCUACUAUGUGGAGACCAGCAGCCCGUCAGAUGUGAUCGACUACAAAGAUCCCUGCAAAGCUGUUGCUUAUCUCGGAGAUAUUGCGCUGGAUGAGGAAGAUAUGCGCAUGUUUAAAGUGGACCGUAUUGUGAAUUUAGCAGAGAGAACAGUCACAGUUCUGAAUCCCACAGAUGCGGGUUCACUUUCCAAUGAGACGAAUACAAACAAUACAGCUUCCCAUCGCAAGAAGAGGGCAGCGACGUCCAGAUCUGAGAGGGUUUGGCCCGAGGGCGUCAUUCCUUACGUCAUCAGCGGGAACUUCAGCGGUAGCCAGAGAGCCAUAUUCAGACAGGCCAUGAGACACUGGGAAAAACACACAUGUGUGACGUUCAUCGAGAGAACAACAGAAGAGAGCUACAUUGUCUUCACCUACCGGCCCUGUGGGUGCUGUUCAUAUGUGGGCCGGAGAGGAGGGGGUCCGCAGGCCAUAUCCAUCGGAAAGAACUGUGAUAAGUUUGGGAUUGUGGUGCACGAGCUCGGUCACGUGAUCGGAUUCUGGCAUGAGCACACGCGACCCGACAGAGACGAUCAUGUCAGCAUCAUACGGGACAACAUUCAGCCAGGACAGGAGUACAACUUCCUGAAGAUGGAGCCUGGUGAGGUGGACUCACUCGGAGAGGUCUAUGACUUCGACAGCAUCAUGCACUAUGCAAGAAACACUUUCUCCAGAGGGAUAUUUUUGGACACCAUUCUGCCACGAUAUGAUGUGAACGGAGUUCGGCCGCCCAUCGGUCAGAGGACCAGAUUGAGCAAAGGAGACAUCGCACAGGCACGCAAACUUUACAAGUGUCCAAAAUGUGGAGAUAGUUUGCAGGAGAGUAGUGGAAACCUCUCUUCACCUGGUUUUCCCAAUGGUUAUUCAGCAUAUAUGCACUGCAUAUGGAGAAUUUCAGUCACACCGGGAGAAAAGAUCAUUCUGAACUUUACAUCUAUGGAUUUAUACCGGAGUCAUUUGUGCUGGUAUGAUCAUGUGGAGAUCAGAGAUGGAUAUUGGAGGAAAGCACCACUGAAAGGUCGAUUUUGUGGGGAUAAAUUACCAGAGCCAAUCGUCUCUACAGACAGUCGCCUUUGGAUUGAGUUUCGCAGCAGCAGCAACUGGGUGGGAAAGGGCUUCUCUGCUGUUUACGAAGCUAUUUGCGGUGGGGAGGUGAAGAAAGACAAUGGUCAAAUUCAGUCUCCGAACUAUCCAGAUGACUACAGACCUAACAAAGCGUGUGUGUGGAAGAUAGCUGUGGCUCAGGGUUACCAUGUAGGCCUUACCUUCCAGUCGUUUGAGAUCGAGAGGCACGAUAACUGUGCCUACGACUACCUGGAGGUUCGAGAUGGGAACUCAGAAAACAGCCCGCUGUUGGGCAGAUUCUGUGGUUAUGACAAACCCGAUGAUAUUAAAUCCAGUUCCAACCAGCUCUGGAUGAAAUUUGUGUCUGACGGUUCUGUCAACAAGGCUGGAUUUGCUGCUAAUUUCUUCAAAGAAAUGGACGAGUGCUCCAGACCCGACAACGGUCGCUGUGAGCAGCGCUGUGUCAACACGCUUGGUAGUUACAAGUGUGCCUGUGACCCUGGGUACGAACUGGCGGCAGACAAACGGAGUUGUGAGGCUGCCUGUGGUGGUUUCAUCACCAAGCUGAAUGGGUCCAUCACCAGUCCAGGCUGGCCCAAAGAGUAUCCACCCAACAAGAACUGCAUCUGGCAGCUGGUGGCGCCCACGCAGUACCGCAUCACGCUGCUCUUCGACGUCUUCGAGACGGAGGGGAACGAUGUGAGCACUAGGUUUUUGCCUCAGCGUGGGGUGUGUAAAUAUGACUUUGUUGAGGUGAGAAGUGGUCUGUCUGCCGACUCCAGACUGCACGGGAAAUUCUGCGGAGCUGAGAAACCAGAGGCCAUCACCUCUCAGUACAACAACAUGCGCAUUGAGUUUAAAUCUGACAACACCGUCUCCAAGAAGGGCUUCAAGGCCCAGUUCUUCUCAGAUAAAGAUGAGUGCUCUAAGGAGAACGGUGGAUGUCAGCAUGAAUGUGUGAACACCUUUGGCAGCUACAGUUGUCAGUGCAGAAGUGGCUUCGUCUUGCAUGAAAACAAACAUGACUGCAAGGAAGCUGGCUGUGAUCACGUUGUGAACAGCGUGAGCGGGAUUAUCACCAGCCCCAACUGGCCAGAUAAAUACCCCAGUAAGAAGACGUGCACCUGGGCCCUCUCCACCACCCAGGGACAUCGGAUCAAACUAGCUUUCAAUGAAAUGGACAUGGAGCCUCAUCUGGAAUGUGCUUAUGACCAUAUUGAGAUUUAUGACGGUCGUGAUGGGAAGGCCUCUAGCCUCGGACAGUACUGUGGCACAAAGAAGCCUCAACCGAUCAUAUCCUCCGGCAACAAGAUGUUCAUCCGCUUCUUCUCUGAUAACUCAGUACAGAAGAAAGGCUUCGAGGCUUCCCAUACUGCAGAGUGCGGAGGCCGUCUGAAAGCCGAGGUGAAAACUAAAGACCUCUACUCUCAUGCCCAGUUUGGUGACAAUAACUACCCCGGGGCGUCAGACUGUCAGUGGGUGAUCACAGCAGAGAAGGGCUACGGCGUGGAGCUCAUCUUCCAGACCUUCGAGAUUGAGGAGGAGGCCGACUGUGGCUAUGAUUACAUGGAGCUGUUUGAUGGGGCGGACACCAAAUCACCCAGACUAGGCCGCUACUGUGGAUCAGGGCCUCCAGAAGAGAUCUACUCCGCUGGUGACUCCAUUGUCAUCAAAUUCCGCUCAGAUGACACCAUCAAUAAGAAGGGCUUCCAUGUGCGUUACACCAGCACCAAGUUUCAGGACACACUCCACUCUCGUAAGAAGUGACCCUUAGUGGCCGGGAGGGGCCGUGCAGGGCCUAGGGGGAAGCGAAAGGGCCCCAGGGGGAGGGCCUCGCCCAUCGCUCGGAGCCCCCCGGCCGCCAAGAACACCCAGACUCGACGAACCAGCCGCAAGAACGCCAACCGCACCUCAGUAGUUCACAGGGGUUCUGGCAUCCCCUACUGACUGUGAGGAGUAAAGCCAUUCCACAGUAGACCUUGUUUUUACCUUUUUUUAUUAUUAUUACAUUUGGGGCAAGAUGUGGAUAGGGGAAUGUAUUCAGUUGCUGGAUACCAAUAUAGGGGCAAAAUCAAAAGGGGAGGGUGGGAAGGGUGGGCAUAGCUGAUCGGAUACUGGAAUCCCCCCGUUUGUCACCUUUCAUGAGCCGAGAGUGCGUUGAAAAACACAUACACUGAGGAACUCCUGCAGGAAAACCGAGCAAACUCACCAAACCAGUAAUCUGUGCAACAGUGGGAUAGAGGAAGUGAGAAUUGAGCGAAGCAUGGGCAUUCAGGACGGUGUUCCUCGCAUGUUUUCCAACCUUGCAACUUGAAAUUUACCGCUGCUCUGUGGGAAAACAACAACUGUCUCUUCUUGACAUUAUUGGCAUUGCUUGUUCAUAAAGAGUAUCGUAGGCCAUUGUGGGCCUGUUUCUUUGUCGUUACUUGAGCAAAUGACACUGUAUGUCAAAGAGAUGCAUGUGGUACAGCUAGAAGGAAAUGUGGAUGUAAUGGCACCAGCAUUUGUAAUAACUCGUUUUUUUUCCCUGGCCAGUAGUCCAGAAGGUGCCCUGUCCGAAAUUAUCACUCUCCAGGAGGUUUUCCAGAAUCAGUUAUCACAUUAAAAGACUAAUAAACAACA